UUCCCGGUCAGGAUUCCGGUGCCAACAUUGCCGCCAUACCCUGUGAGAUUUCCUGAAACAACCCUGUACCACUGGGGAAAGCCAUUGGCAAAUGCUUCAAGUUUAACUGGAACAAAUGCUGUGCCUGUUGUGGCAAAUGGGCCUAGUCAAUUUGGAGAAGCAGUGGAAAUAAGGGACUGGGACAAAGAGAGGGAGAUUCCGAUGAAAGAUGUGUAUCUCAAGUAUUACACCAGGUCCAGCAAUGCGAAUUAUGCCAGGGAAACUCUCGUCAGCACUGGAGGAGACAAACAAGGACACCCUGGGAUCCACUUGUGGUGGGAAGGACCCUUCAUAGGAGUCCUGGUGAGCACUGGUGCCCAGUAUUGGGAAUCAGUGUUCCUUCCCAGUCUCUACAAUGACACCUGGAACAACAUUGCAUUUCGAUGGCUGAGACCACAGGGAUCCGAAAAGGGCAAACUGGAAGUUCUCAUAAAUGUUGAGCAACAAGCAGCAGUAAACUUUCCAACUAAUGCAGUUGGGGGUACAGCAAAGAAAGCCCUUUUGCCACCCACCCUCAUGUUGGGAUGUCACAGAGACAGUGGGUCCUCUGCUGGAACCCUUUUUGGAGGAGGGUUCUUUGAUGAAAUUGCGUUUUGGGACACGUUCAUGAUACUGUUGUUCUCACGGUACAAACGACCUCCUAUGGCACUCAAUAAAGAGAAGUUCUUUACGACGGAUACAUAUUGGAUAUAUGGAGAAACCCACAAGAAUAGAGAAUCCAGUUCAUUGAACGACGAAAUGAGUCGCGAAGUGGCGUGGAUAGCAGUGGAGUCGAUUGUCGGGGAAGCCAACCUGACUUCUGAACCUGUGAAACCCUCAGACGCAACCCUUGGCAAGACAGGUGCAACCCCAGACCAACAAGUGGAGUCCCUCAUCAAUUUCGUCACUGCAUUGCAAUCCCCGGCGUACAACUAUGACAACAAGAGUGCCAUGUUUGCUGGAGGAUACCUUCCCGAGUUGGCCGGAAUUCCAACCUCAGUCAUCCUCAAUUCGAUUAGAGAAUCGAGUUCAUUGAACGACGAAAUGAGUCGCGAAGUGGCUUGGAUAGCAGUGGAGUCGAUUGUCGGGGAAGCCAACCUGACUUCUGAACCUGUGAAACCCUCAGUGUCCAAGUUUGGAGUGGCCAGGAUUGGAUACUUGGCCAAGUCUCCUCCCAUUGUGUUUCCAAAUUACUCUGACACUAUUUGGGACAAAGGGUUGAAGGAGAAGUUUGAAUAUCCAAGUGACAGCAUUGAAGGGAACUUGUUCAUGAAGGUUAGGACCAUUGAACGAGGUCCAGCCAUUUUAGACAGCAACAUCCAGAGCUUCAAGUUCGACCUCAACAAAAAUGCUCCAAAGGCCCAACAGACCAAUUGCAAAGUAGAUGAAUACGCCAUGAUGGCGAAUCCGAUCAAAAUCAGAUUUGCACACAAAAUGGUGGAAUCAGCGCAGACCAUGAACCUCCGGAAACUGCUUUUCCAUAAGGAGGAAUUCGUGCCGAAUAUCAGAGUGAGACACUGUGUGUGGUGGAACCCCAACAUGCAUGAAUUUGGCGGAUGGGACACAACUGGGUGCGUUACUGCAGAAACCUCUGAUAAUUACACCGUCUGCGAAUGCGCCAAACAAGGUCAAUUUGGAGUUCUUGGCGAAAUGAUUGUCCAUUAUCACUUGCCAACUGAACCGACUUGGUUGAUUGUUGUCAAAUUUGUUGGCUAUGCUUUGUCCAUCAUCUGCCUGCCGAUUUUCAUCAUCAUCGUCAUCAAGGCCAAGGAACAUUUGCAUGACCAAUUCCACAUCAUGAGAGCCCACUUGGCAUUUGCCCUGUUUGUGGGCAUGGUUCUGCACGUUGUAUCAGACUUCAACUUCAUCAGAAGUGACAGACAUGCUUGUACUGCCAUCUCUGUCUUGUUCCACUACUUCUACACUGCAGCAGCAUCUUGGUUCUGCUUUGAGUCCUUUGCGUCCUUCAUGGCCAUCACACAGGGUGUCAUUGGUGGGAAACUGAGGGCUUACAUGUUCUUGUGUUGGGGGAUCCCCUUCCUCUCAGUGGGAUACGCAUUGUUCCAGGACAUGCUCAACUAUGGAAAUGACCCAAGAUGCAUGAUAUCCUUUGACAAUGACAUGAAGUGGGUCUUCUUUGGACCUCUGCUCACUCUGGCAUCCGUGGGAUUUCUUUUCUGUGCCAUUGUUGUAUGCAAUGUGAGCACACCGGCCUUGCGCAAGGAUCACAUUGCAGAAGAGUUGUCCUCAGUUGGUCAGGGCCUUGCUGUGCAAACAACUUACUUUUUGGUCACUUGGAUAGCUGGAGUUUGUGGAUACUUCAUCUAUGAUUGGACUGUGGAAACCCCUGGGUUCUAUGCCUUGUUCCAAGUGCUGAAUGCUUAUACUAAAAAGAUGAUCAUGCAGUAUCUGAGGAAUUCGAAUCAGCAUGGCAAACUUCCACCUCAGAGACAAAAAAGCGAGGAAUGGGACCCAAUGGAAGAGGCGAUGAAGAACGCAAAUGCGCCUCCGAGUGGAAGGGCGAAACGAAUCGUGACUUCAACUUGAAAUUCAGCAUGACCGGAAACUUUUUUUUUGCGAUGGCGAAAGUCCUUGCGGAAACAAAAAGACAAUCGACUGAAAUUAUCUUAUGGAUUCUUGUUUCUUCUGACUAUCGAAACUAGACGGAAGAUUUUAUUCACGCACUUCUUUCGUUUCCGCUGCACGUGAUGCGAAAAAAUAUAUGAAACUGCUUCUGCUUUCAAGCAUGAAA